CCCGUCAUCGCUGUUCGAGGGUCUCCACGGUGAUCCGUCCAUCCCGCUCCUCCAGGCCUCAGUACCCGCGGUUUUACUCCAACUGGGUCGAACGCAGUGAAAAUAAAGUUGUUUGAGGAUAUUGGCGUAGAAAACAUCACAAAACUUGGAAUAUUAUUUUUUUUCUCCCCGCCAACUGCACAAGAUGAAGCUGUGGUGGGGCUGGACGUGUGUGCUGCUCCUCUCCCUCCUGGCUCUCUCUGAGUCCCAGGCUGAAGCUCAGGGAGACCUAGACCUGGAGAUGGAGGAAGCUAUGGUGGAAGACAUGGUAGAAGAUAGGGAAGACUCAGCAGAGAUAGAGGGAGAGGCGGAGAUGGAAGGGGAGGCGGAAGAGGAGAAGGGAACCGAUGCCAACGUCUCCUUCCAGGUCACCUACAAGACUCCUGUUCCCAUCGGAGAGGUGUACUUCUCAGAGACCUUUGAUGACGGCUCACUGGACAGGUGGCAGGUGUCAAAGACGAUGAAGGAAGACGCAGACGAUGAAAUUGCUAAAUACGAUGGUAAGUGGUCUGUGGAGCAGCUGAAGGAGAAUAAAGUACCAGGAGACAUGGGUCUGGUUCUGAAGUCCCGGGCCAAACAUCACGCCAUCGCCUCCCUGUUGGACAGACCCUUCCUCUUCCGGGACGACGCCCUAGUCGUACAGUAUGAGGUGAACUUCCAGGAUGGUAUUGACUGUGGUGGAGCCUACAUCAAACUGCUGUCAGACGACGAUGGCCUGGAUCUGGAUCAGUUUAAUGACCGUACCUCCUACACCAUCAUGUUUGGGCCUGAUAAGUGUGGAGAGGACUACAAGCUGCACUUCAUCUUCCGCCACAUCAGGAGCCCUCUGAACAAAGACCUGGAGGAGAAACACGCCAAGAGGCCCGACGUCGACCUGAAGAAGUUCUACACCGACAAGAAGACUCAUCUCUACACACUGGUCCUGAACCCAGACAACAGCUAUGAGAUCCUGGUAGACCAGAGCAGUGUCAGUCGUGGCUCUCUGCUUCAUGAUGUGGUUCCUCCUGUUAACCCCACCAAGGAGAUAGACGAUCCCACUGACUCUAAACCUGAAGACUGGGAUGAGAGGGCCAAGAUACCAGACCCAGAGGCUGUCAAACCUGACAACUGGGAUGAGGAGGCUCCGGCUACCAUCCAGGACCCUGAUGCUGUGAAGCCAGAGGGAUGGCUGGACGACGAGCCUGAGUUUGUAGCCGACCCCACCGCCGACAAGCCAGGCGACUGGGAUGAGGAGAUGGAUGGAGAGUGGGAGGCCCCUCAGGUUCCUAACCCAGUGUGUGAGACAGCCCCUGGAUGUGGGCAGUGGAAACCCCCUACCAUCAACAACCCUCAGUACAAGGGCAAGUGGAAGGCCCCUCUGGUGGACAACCCCCACUACCAGGGUGUGUGGAGCCCGCGUCAGAUCCAGAACCCGGACUACUUCGAGGACCUGUCUCCGUUCCAGAUGACGCCGUUCAGAGCCGUGGGACUGGAGCUCUGGUCCAUGACCUCCGAGAUCUACUUCGACAACUUCAUCAUCACUUCAUAUAAAGAGGUGGCCGAUCGCUGGGCUGGAGACAGCUGGGGACUCAAGAAACUGGUGGCUAGUGCCAACGAGCCGGGUGUGUUUUCCCAGCUGACCAUGGCAGCAGAGGAGAGACCGUGGCUCUGGGUGGUCUACAUACUGACUGUUGGUCUGCCCAUAGGACUGACUGUGUUAUUCUGCUGGCCCAAGAAAUCAGAUGAUGACUAUGUGUACAAGAAGGUGGACCCACCUAAACCCGAUGUAGAAGAGGAGGAGGAAGAGGAUGAUGAAGAGGAGGAGGAGGAGGAAGAAGAAGAGGAGAAGGGAGACCAAGCAGCUAAGGCCAAAGCUACUGAGAGUCCAAAACCUGCAGAAGAGAAGAAAGAGAAGGCGGAGGAGGAGAGUGGGGCAGCUGGAGGGGACAGCGUAGAAGAUGAAGAGGACGAUGAGGAGGAGGAGGAUGAAGGAGAGGAGGAUGAAGAGACCAAGUCCAGUGAGGCAGCAUCGGAUGAUGUCAGUGCUGAGCAGAAGGUGGAGGCAGACGAGGGGGGCCACAGCGUUGGCGACGGACACAAACAGGCCGUGAGGAAGAGGAGGGUACGGAAAGACUGAUGAAGACCAACGACAACAAAUGAAGCCUUCUUUCUCCUCCUCUCUCCUCUCUCUCUCCUCCUCUCCUCCUCUCUCUCUCUCUCUCUGUCCUCUCUGCAUGCCCUCUGGUGGUCCUAGUGACCAAGAUGCUACCCCCCCUCCUCCAUCAGUCAAAUGACAACCCCCCCCCCGUUCCUUCUUAUCUUCCUUUGUUCUCUCUAUCCGUUACGCCUCUCUAAGGCCAUCAAGGCUACCCUGACCCCCCCCAACACUCCUUUCUUCCAAAAUGAAUAAUAUGCCCCCUCACCCCCCCUCUUCAGCUUCCAGUCUUCCUGACUAUAGUUCCUAGUUCUGGUUUAUUGUUGACAUUUUGUUAAGCUUCAGAAGUACUUUUCUUUAUUCAAACUAAAGUUAAAAGGCAGCUCUCUCUGGCUUGGGUCUCAAAUCACACCCUCGUCCCUGAAGAAGAGCUUUGGUCAAAGUAGUGUACUACAUAGGGGGUGGAUAAGGAGUUAAAAAGUAGUGUACGACAUGGGGAAUAGGCUGGUCAGAGAGAGAGAAGACCUCUAUAGCCAGGCUACUGUAUUGCUGCUGUGUGACUGAAGGUGCCAUGUUUCUCCUGGUCUCAGAUCUGCUUGUCGUUGGAGUCAAUUCCUCUGACUAUUAUUGGGACAAGAUUUGGCUCUAAAAUACAAACUGUGAAUCCCAAAUGGCACCCCGUUCCCGUUUAUAUUGAACUACCCUAAUGGGCCCUGGUCUAAAGUAGUAUACUAUAUAGGGAAUAGGGCUCUGGUCUAAAGUAUUAUACUAUAUAGGGAAUAGGGCUCUGGUCUAAAGUAGUAUACUAUAUAGGGAAUAGGGCUCUGGUCUAAAGUAGUAUACUAUAUAGGGAAUAGGGCCCUGGUCUAAAGUAUUAUACUAUAUAGGGAAUAGGGCUCUGGUCUAAAGUAGUAUACUAUAUAGGGAAUAGGGCUCUGGUCUAAAGUAGUAUACUAUAUAGGGAAUAGGGCUCUGGUCUAAAAUAGUGCACUAUAUAGGGAAUAGGACUCUGGUCAGAAGCUGUGCACUAUAUAGGGAAUAGGGUGCCUCUGGUCAGAAGCUGUGCACUGUAUAGGGAAUAGGGUGCCAUUUGGGACGUAGAUAUACAGAUCUGGGACCAGUCUUAAAGUUUGACUACAGAGACAGAAGGAUAUUUUCAGAGAAGAAGGCGCCUUGCGUCAGGUUUAAGGUUAGACGUCUACUUUAGAUUGAUAAGUGGUUGUUUUUCAUUCAUUAACUUAUAAAAGGAAGUUCAUAAUAUAUGUCAGUUUUUUGUGUUAUUUUGUUUUUUAACUAAAUUAUAUGGAUUUAAAACUGAUAAAUGUAUCUAUUUAUUUGAAACUUCUCCCUCUUGUUCAUUUUACGGCUAAAUUUAAAACAGAAGAAAAUGUUACAAUGCAGUUUUUUCUCUUGAGUGAAUGGACAUUUUUUGGAUGUUUAAAAAAUAUAUAUAUAUUAAUAAUUUGUAGUUAGUUUUACCACUGUUUUGCUUAUUGCGAGCCUACGUCAGAACAAACAACUUGUUUUCCCCCAAAGUCUGUGUUCAAACCCUCUGUUCUCCACCCGAGGGAGCUGGGUAUUCCCAAAGUCUGUGUUCAAACCCUCUGUUCUCCACCCGAGGGAGCUGGGUAUUCCCAAAGUCUGUGUUCAAACCCUCUGUUCUCCACCCGAGGGAGCUGGGUAUUCCCAAAGUCUGCGUUCAAACCCUCUGUUCUCCACCCGAGGGAGCUGGGUAUUCCCAAAGUCUGCGUUCAAACCCUCUGUUCUCCACCCGAGGGAGCUGGGUAUUCCCAAAGUCUGCGUUCAAACCCUCUGUUCUCCACCCGAGGGAGCUGGGUAUUCCCAAAGUCUGCGUUCAAACCCUCUGUUCUCCACCCGAGGGAGCUGGGUAUUCCCAAAGUCUGCGUUCAAACCCUCUGUUCUCCACCCGAGGGAGCUGGGUAUUCCCAAAGUCUGCGUUCAAACCCUCUGUUCUCCACCCGAGGGAGCUGGGUAUUCCCAAAGUCUGCGUUCAAACCCUCUGUUCUCCACCCGAGGGAGCUGGGUAUUCCCAAAGUCUGUGUUCAAACCCUCUGUUCUCCACCCGAGGGAGCUGGGUAUUCCCAAAGUCUGCGUUCAAACCCUCUGUUCUCCACCCGAGGGAGCUGGGUAUUCCCAAAGUCUGCGUUCAAACCCUCUGUUCUCCACCCGAGGGAGCUGGGUAUUCCCAAAGUCUGUGUUCAAACCCUCUGUUCUCCACCCGAGGGAGCUGGGUAUUCCCAAAGUCUGCGUUCAAACCCUCUGUUCUCCACCCGAGGGAGCUGGGUAUUCCCAAAGUCUGUGUUCAAACCCUCUGUUCUCCACCCGAGGGAGCUGGGUAUUCCGGAAUAUCCAAACUCCGGUUCCGGAAUGAAUUAUAAACAAUUCCGUCUUGUAUGGAAAGGGAUGUGCAGAUUUCUGCUUUUUGUUUGUUCUGUUGUCUCCAGCGUUUUCUAGUAAAAAUGUUUUCUGUUCUUGUACGACAACCAGGCAUAUUUCCCUGUUUUCAAUAAGUUGCAAAUUGUACAUUGCUCUUGGAAAAUUAAAUAUUUAAUACAAUAAAA